AUGGCUCAAACCAGGUUGCAACACAACUUGCUUGUCGAAAAGGAUGCAGCCAGCACGGCCGUUUCUACGAGUACUCCCAAGAGUCCAUGCUGUAUUACUCCUACUCUCAAUGUCGGAAAGUGGGAGUCUUCCCCCGAUCAAAAUGCCACUCAACCACACCAGGAUGCCACAUGUGCCGCUUGUAGCAUUGGCAUCAAUGCCACUUGGCAGCACUCGUUGCUGGCAGCCCAGGAGCUAGACGAGAUAGCGUCUGUAGGGAGGCUAGGGAGCGACAUGGGCAUUAUUACAGCGCAAUCCGCGUCUACGUUGAGUAUUUGCGCAGAACAAGUCACCAAUGACGAGGGGCUUGGCCGCCAGCAGGGCCAGAGGCCAUCGCUUGUUGCUGAGACGGUUGGAGGCGAGCCGUCACAAAGAACCUGCAAUGGCCAUGACACACCCCCCUCCCCGAGCAUCGGCACCGUCUGCCGCCAGAGCCUUUUGGAAUCCCUGCCACUACGCGAAAGAGUAAAAGGUGCCGCCCCCUGGUCGCAGCGCUGGCAUCAUUCGAACCCUGAAGUGUCUUGGUUUUGGCGUGUCGUCAAUUUGCCAUGGCCGAGACACUCGUACAUGUUCCGUACCGUACUCGCGGUACAGUAG